AUGCCACCGCCGGGCUCGAACCCGCUGGAGCCCGUCUUCCAGACCGUCGCCGCUUUCUCCCGCCGCCUCCUCAUCGCCCCCGACGCCGCUCCCGACGACCACCGCCUCCGCCCCCUCCUCUCCCUCUCCCUCUCUCCCCCUCCGCCUCCGCCCCCGCCGUCGGAGGUUCUCAAGAAGGAUGCGAAGGUCGCGCCCCUGACGCACAAGGAGGAGGUCGGCCGCGCCACGUGGAUGCUGCUCCACACCAUCGCGGCGCAGUUUCCUGAUGAACCAACCAGGCAACAGAAACGGGAUGCGAAAGAGUUGAUGGCUUUAAUUUCCAGACUGUACCCUUGCAAAGAAUGCGCUGAUCACUUCAAGGAAGUUUUGAAAGCAAAUCCUGUUCAAGCAGGAUCUCAGGCUGAAUUCUCUCAGUGGAUGUGCUAUGUGCACAAUGUGGUUAAUCGAAGCCUUGGAAAAACAAUAUUUCCUUGCCAGAGAGUAAAUGCACGGUGGGGCAAGCUGGAUUGCCCCGAACGCUCUUGUGACCUAGAAGGCGCCAACGACAUCAUGCCGAACCGAUGACAUUGCCCAGAAUCCCUUAUAAAAUAUCUGCACCAGUAACAAUUUAAAACCACAAUUGAAUGGGCAAUACUAGGAGGAUAAGGAAAAGAUAAUUCAGGACAAUACCGAUGUAUUAUUGUUUUACCUUCUCCAUCCUGCCCCUGGGAAAUGUAAUACUAAUAUAUGUCAUCUGAACUUGCCCUUGAUUUGUAUAGUUUCACCGACUUAUACAUUGACGGAUUUCAUAUGAUCUAUCUUGGUGAAGUUCUGCCAGUUAUAUGUGGAUUUACUACUCUGAAA